GUCUGGCCAGUGCAGCCUUGGACACGCAAGUGUCUUGGGGCCAGUGGUGGCUGCCUCUGUGCCCACAGCUGUCCAUCCAUGCCCGGGGGAGGAUUCCAGAGCAUAGGAGGAGAACCUGGAGGAUUGCUCUGGAUCCAGUAGAGGGGCUUCCAGAAAAGGCCACAACCCAGAGGGGGACCCCCCAACCCUUCUACAGUCCUGGGGCCAGAGGGACCUGGGCUUCCCACCACCCAGUCUGGGGCUCCAUGCUGACUGCACUCAUUGCUGCUGCCCCCUUACGUUUCCUGCUCACACAGCUCCUGAAAAUUGCGCAUCUGCCGGCCGGCUGGGGCCUGCCUCAGCCUUGGACAGCACAGCCCAAGAGUGGCUUGGAGAAGGGCCCCUGCAUGCCCCAGAGCCUGCAUCUCGCCUUCAGAGACCAGGGAUCCAGCUCGAGUGGGAAGACCACGACCUCGGGACGUGGACGAAGGGCGAUCGAGGAGGCAAGGACAGACCUGCCGAGAGACUACAGCCUGUGUGAGCACCUGAGGGCUGAGCUGAGGUGCCGAGUGGACGAGUGGUGACCACCCCUUCCAGCAGGCAGGGUCCCCUUGGGUGGCAGCUGCAGCCCAGCCCCAGCCAAGCAGAGUUUCUCCAGGAGCCGGACAGCCGCUCUGUCUCCAUGGCAGCCUUCCUGUCUGCUGGCCUCGGCAUACUUGCACCCUCAGAGACCUACCCCCUACCCACAACCAGCUCUGGCUGGGAGCCCCAGCUGGGGUCGCCAUUCCCAUCAGGCCCUUGCACCAGCUCUACUGGGGCCCAAGCUGUGGCCGAGCCCACUGGGCAGGGCCCCAAGAACCCACGUGUGUCCAGUGUGACGGUUCAGCUGGAGAUGAAGCCUCUGUGGGAGGAAUUCAACCAGCUGGGCACUGAGAUGAUCGUCACCAAGGCAGGCAGGAGGAUGUUCCCCCCCUUCCAGGUGAAGAUCCUGGGCAUGGACUGCCUGGCCGACUACGCCCUGCUCAUGGACUUCAUCCCCCUGGACGACAAGAGAUACAGGUAUGCCUUCCACAGCUCGGCCUGGCUGGUGGCAGGCAAGGCAGACCCAGCCACACCUGGCCGCGUGCACUUCCACCCUGACUCGCCGGCCAAGGGUGCCCAGUGGAUGCGCCAGAUUGUGUCCUUCGACAAGCUCAAGCUGACGAACAACCUGCUGGAUGACAAUGGCCACAUCAUUCUCAACUCCAUGCAUCGCUACCAGCCCCGUUUCCACGUGGUCUUCGUGGACCCACGCAAGGACAGUGAGCGCUAUGCCCAGGAGAACUUCAAGUCCUUCAUCUUCACGGAGACCCAGUUCACAGCCGUGACAGCCUAUCAGAACCACAGGAUCACCCAGCUGAAAAUCGCCAGCAACCCUUUUGCCAAGGGCUUUAGAGAGAGUGACCUGGACUCCUGGCCUAUGGCCCCACGGCCCCUGCUCAGUGUCCCAGCCCGGAGUCACAGCAGCCUCAGUCCCUGUGUGCUGAAGGGCGCCACAGACAGGGAAAAAGACCCCAACAAAGCUUCAGCUUCCACCUCCAAGACCCCUGCUCGGCUCCAUCAUCAGCUGCUGCCCCCACCUGAGGCCCUGCUGGCCCCGGCCACCUGCAGGCCUGUCACCUAUCAGAGCCUGUACUCUGGGGCUCUGAGCCACCUAGGGAUCCCAAGGACCCGACCAGCACCAUACCCCCUCCCCAACAUCCGGGCUGAUAGGGAUCAAGGAGGCCUGCCUCUCCCAGCUGGGCUGGGGCUCCUGUCCCCCACUGUGGUGUGCCUGGGGCCUGGCCAGGACUCCCAGUGAUGGCAGAAGCCCUGUGGGGAAGCCCUGCUACCCUGGACCUUACACCUGGUGUGGGAAUCAGCCUCUGCCCCGCCCCCUCCAGCCCCACCUCUGUCUCAAGGAAAGCAGGGUAGGUGAAAGUCUAGAGAAAGAGGCUACCUGCCCAGGGUCACAGCAAGCCUGGGACUAUGGCAAGCUUGGAACCAGGUCUUCUACCUCCCAACCCCAGCAGCCUGAAUACUGUGCCCUCUUGCUUUGGGGGUAACUCUCGAAAACCCUGCCUUAUCUCUCCCUUCCCCCUAACAUUAAACUAUUUGGCAUGAGUGGUCAGAGCACUUCUGUCCUCGUGGUCAGGGUGGGUGGGGGCCUCAGGAACUCCUAGACCCAUCACAGUCCCCACACCAGCCUUGUAGGCAUCCCGAAGCUCUGCCCAGUGCCGUCCGCAUCCCUGGGAGCACACAGUAAUAUUAAAAGU